CAAAACCAAAUGCCUCGGCAUUGUUUUCGUCAUUAUUUCGAGUUAAGUAAGAGGCGUUGAUAAGAGGUCAACUGUCAGUGGCACGCACAAAUCUGGGUUGUUCUCAAUCACAUUUAUAAUAAAAUCAUGAAUGUUACAAUUCUUUUAAUGGUUUUAUCGUCUCCCAGUCUUCUAUUUGCCUCCAACUUUGAUAAUUCAAAACGCAAAAAAGCUUUUCUCGUGAAAAAACAUCUCAAAAGACUUAAAAAAGUCGAAGGUGGGGUUAAACUAAUUGGAGGAAGGGAUGAAUUUGAAGGUAACGUUGAAAUUUUGCAUGAGGGCCAAUGGGGAGCUAUUUGUGACGAUGAAUGGGACUCAUCUGAGGCACAUGUCGUUUGCCAACAACUGGGUUACCCCAAAGAUUCCGGAAAAGCUACUGUUAGUUCAUAUUUCGGUCCCGCGAAACGCAAAUUUUGGAUGGAUAAUGUUUUUUGUAGCGGCAACGAGAGUGAAAUAAUCGAUUGUCGCUUCGACGGUUGGGGCAACAAUGAUUGUACCUCGACGGAAGCAGCUGGAGUUAUCUGUCACGAAGAAAAGCCAAAAGAGGAAACGACGAAGAAGGUGGAGGCGCCGCUGGCCCGACACGAGAUUCGACUAAAGGGCGGAAGGGUCAAAAGUGAAGGUCGCGUCGAGAUAAAAAAUGAAAAGGGUCAAUGGGCGAGUAUUUGCGGAGACGGGUGGUCACUUCUCGAGGGCUUGGUCGUCUGUAAACACCUUGGAUUAGGAUACGCCAGUGAUGCACCUCAAACCGAUUUCUUCGGAGGAAACAUCACCGAUAGUAGUUAUUCCGGUGUGAGAUGUCGCGGAAACGAAACUUCUUUCGGACAGUGUGUUCACGACCUGACCUCGAGGGGAAAAUGUCAAAGUAGAGAUGUUGCAGCCGUUUCGUGUGUUUCUCAAAUGUCCGAUUUGGUCAUCGAUCACAUCGAUCUGAUGCGAACAGCACAUUUAGAGGACCGACAAUUAUUUUUUCUUCAGUGUGCAAUGGAAGAAAAUUGUCUCGCAUCUGAAGCCUACAAAAUCCAAAAAGAAGACGGUUCUUGGCAUUUGGAAACGCGAAGACUUCUCAGAUUUACGGCGAGGAUUUUUAACGCCGGGACGGCCGAUUUCAGGCCAACUAUACCCAAACAUUUGUGGGAAUGGCACAUGUGCCACAUGCACUACCACAGCAUGGAGGUAUUCGCGACGUUUGAUAUUUACGACACGAAGGGUCUUAGAGUGGCCGAAGGUCAUAAAGCGUCUUUUUGUCUCGAAGAUAAUCAAUGUCUGCCUGGAGUCAAACCGAGAUAUGCUUGUGCGAAUUACGGUGAUCAGGGGAUUUCAGUCAAUUGUAGCGAUAUUUACAAGUACACUGUCGACUGUCAAUGGGUCGAUAUAUCCGAACUCGAACCGGGGAUUUACACGCUCAAAGUCGCCAUCAAUCCCGAAUUCAAAGUGCCUGAAAUUACCUUCGAAAAUAACGCGGCCGUUUGUCAAUUUAUCUAUUCGGAAACGUUCGGAACCGUCACGAAUUGCACCGUCCAAAGGCCCUGAUGCACAAUUCAUAUUACAAAAAUGUAUUUUCCUAUUACUAAAAAAAUAAAGUCCUAAACUGGGGUUUA